GCUGCCUGGCGCGGUGGCUUGAGGUCUCCGACUCUGUGGCUGCAGCUCCGCGACGGUGGUGCGACGUUCAGGUGUCCUGCGCGGGUCCGGCCAUGCCGACUCGGGCGGAGGACUACGAGGUGCUGUACACCAUUGGCACGGGCUCCUACGGCCGCUGCCAGAAAAUCCGGAGGAAGAGCGACGGCAAGAUCUUAGUUUGGAAGGAACUGGACUAUGGCUCCAUGACAGAAGCUGAGAAAUACAUGCUUGUUUCUGAAGUGAAUUUACUUCGUGAGCUGAAGCAUCCAAACAUCGUCCGAUACUAUGAUAGAAUUAUUGACCGAACCAACACAACACUGUACAUUGUAAUGGAAUAUUGCGAAGGAGGGGACCUGGCUAGUGCAAUUGCCAAGGGGACCAAGGAAAGACAAUACUUGGAUGAAGAGUUUGUUCUUCGAGUGAUGACUCAGUUGACUCUGGCCCUAAAGGAAUGUCACAGACGAAGUGAUGGUGGUCAUACUGUGCUGCAUCGGGAUCUGAAACCAGCCAAUGUUUUCCUGGAUGGCAAGCAAAACGUUAAGCUUGGAGACUUUGGGUUAGCUAGGAUAUUAAACCACGAUACGAGUUUUGCAAAAACAUUUGUUGGCACACCUUAUUAUAUGUCUCCUGAACAAAUGAAUCACAUGUCCUACAAUGAGAAGUCAGAUAUCUGGUCACUAGGUUGUUUGCUGUAUGAAUUGUGUGCAUUAAUGCCUCCAUUUACAGCUUUCAACCAGAAAGAACUAGCUGGGAAGAUCAGAGAAGGCAAAUUCAGGCGAAUUCCAUAUCGUUACUCUGAUGAAUUAAAUGACAUAAUUACAAGGAUGUUAAAUUUAAAGGAUUACCAUCGACCUUCUGUUGAAGAAAUUCUUGAGAAUCCUUUGAUAGCAGACUUGGUUGCAGAAGAGCAAAGGAGAAAUCCUGAGAGAAGAAGGCGGCGAUUAGGAGAACCAGGAAAGUUGCAGGACUCCAGCCCUGUAUUGAGUGAGCUGAAACUGAAGGAAAUACAGUUACAGGAGCGGGAGCAAGCCCUCAGAGCAAGGGAAGAAAGCCUGGAGCAGAAGGAACGUGAGCUUUGUGUUCGUGAGAGACUGGCAGAGAACAAGCUGGCCAGAGCAGAAAGUCUGUUGAAGAAUUAUAGCCUGCUGAAGGACCAGAAGUUCCUGUCUCUGGCGGGUGGUCCAGAACUUUUUGAUCUUACAUCCUCGAUAAUGAAGAAGAAAGUUCAUUUCAGUGGGGAGAGUAAGGAGAAUGUCAUGAGGAGUGAGAAUUCUGAGAAUCAGCUCACCUCCAAAUCCAAGUGCAAGGACCUGAAAAAAAGGCUUCGUGCUGCUCAGCUUCGCGCUCAAGCCCUAUCAGACAUUGAACAAACUUACCAACUGAAAAGCAGACAGAUCCUGGGCAUGCGCUAGCCUGACGCAGAGACACAGACCUGUGUACGGUAUUUAAUGUUGCCAGCCCUUUCGAGAUGUGUAUUCGACUGCUGUAGCCUGUAUACUUGGUUCCGCGAGCCGUGCCUUUUCUAUAGUAAGCAGGGUGGUUUGGUAUUACUCUUGCUGUUCUUCAGCAAGAAUUGUACCAAUGUCCACCCCUUUCAUUUUUCUUUCUUUUGUAAAGAACGCUUCAUAGAAAGAAUAACACUUUCUUGGCCGGUUGGGUUUUUAAUCCUGUGUGUGAUUACUACUGGAACAUGAAAUGUUAUGUUCUAUAUGUUGGGGUGGGGAAAUAAUAUUAGAAAAAGAUAUUUACCCAGGAGCAGCACUUACAAGUUUUAAGGGACUGAAGUGGUGUGCUUACAAUUGUCACGUCUAGAGUUAAAAUUUAAGUCUGAGGUUUUAAAUGUUCUUGAGCUUAGAGAAAACCUAAUUGGAUAUAGAUUGGUCACUAAUACCUUGACAUCUCUCUUAUAAAUAUCCCCUUGCUCUGUAGUUUAAAUCUGUCACCUUCUGUGAAACUCCAUCACUAUGAUGUCUCUAACUCUUUUUUUUCCCUUUU